AUGGAACUAAGGCAAAGAUCACUAUCAAUCCCCACAUCCCCAAAUGCCGAAAACGACGCCGUUUCACUCAUGCCGCCGAGCACCGUCCCGUCUCCCCAGACGGUGCUCACGCGGGCCCUCCAGAGCUCGGCGAACCUCGCCAACCUCCUCCCGACCGGGACCAUCUUCGCCUUCCAGCUCCUCACGCCGCUCGCCACCAACGGUGGCAUAUGCGACCAGGACACGAGGAGGCCAGUAGGCCUCCUCGUGGCCCUGGCCUUCUCCUGCCUCCUGGCCUCGUUCACGGACAGCCUCAAGUGCUCGAACGGGGACGUGCACUACGGCUUCGUGACCAGGAAGGGGCUGUGGCUGUUCGACAGCCCCGCCGCCGCGACGCUGCCGGAUUUGAGCAAGUUCCGGUUGAAAGGGAUGGAUUUGGUCCAUGCUUUUUUGUCGCUGGCGGUGUUUGCGGCGGUUGCGCUGAGGGAUAAGAAUGUGGUGGGGUGCUUCUACCCGGCGCCGCGGAAUGAGGUGCAGAAGUUUCUAGAUGUUGCACCGGUGGCGGUUGGAUUCGUUUGUAGUUUGUUGUUUGUGAUUUUUCCGACCACGAGGCAUGGGAUUGGUUAUCCUGUGACGAGGGAUUAG